GCCGACUUUCUGCAGCUUUCCAUUCACUAUAUAACUUCCCCAUUUUAUGCCUUUUAUGCUACAAAAAAUUCUCCGCCAUGAACGAUCCUAAUCGGCCAGUUACCGGUUACCCUGCCGCCGGAGUACCGCCGCCAAACCCUAACGGUUACGGUGGUUCUGCUCACCAACAACCACCGUUAGGCACCGCUUACCCAUAUGCAGCACCGCCACCUUCCUCCGCCGCGUACUACCACAACAACCCGUACUACCAGCCUAAUCCCUACGCGGCGCAACGCACCACCUUCCUCCGCCGAGUGAUCGGUAUUGCUAUAGCUUCUAUGGUCAUCGCUGGUACCUUUGUUUUCAUUCUUUGGCUUGUACUCCGUCCUCGACUCCCUGAGUUCAGAGUCGACUCGAUGUCAGUAUCGAAUCUUAAUCUCACAAAUUCGUUGAUUUCUGCUAACUGGGACCUUCGUUUUACUGUGAGAAACCCAAAUAAGAAGAUGACUCUUUACUAUGAUGAUGUAGCCGCUGCGGUUUUCUAUGAUGAUGUGUCGCUUUCGGAUACAACGGUUCCGCCAUUCUUUCAGGAUAAGAGGGUUGAGACGAUCCAGAAAGCGAGUUUUGCUACUGCGGGUGCUUAUGUGGAUAAUCGGUUUUUUGAUAUGAUGAACAAAGAAAGGUCUCGAAGAGGUGCAAUUGGGUUCAAUGUGAGGAUGGUGGCUAGGGUUAGGUUUAAGGCUGGGGCUUGGAGAGCGAGGAGGAGGUUUGUAAGGGUGUACUGUAAGGAUUUGUCAGUGGGGGUCGGGUCGAAAAAUUCAUCUGGUACCUUGCUUGGUGGUGCACGACAGUGCCGAGUUGGAGUCUGAUGGUGAUCUUUGCUUGUUUUAAGGAAUCUAUUAAGUAGACAUUAAAGGUUACAUGCAUAGCCUUGUUUCUCAAAUGUGCUAUGGACAUCUAUGCAGCUGCAAGAGAAUUAAGUUGUGGCUUGAAACUUUCUAAAGAUUAUUUUCUACGUGGAUCGAGUUGCUUUAUUGAUCCAACUUUAUCACGGAAGACCAGAGUAUCUGCCUCCUGUACUUUUGAGCCUUUACUAGUGAAGCUUGUAUAGUUUAUGUUCAUAUUUUUCAGAACCAAAAAGAUGUUUUGGCUUCUUAGUGUUGUUUGAUCAUAUAAGAUUUGGUGCUGUAUUUGUAGUUCAGGUUUUGUUAUGCAGUUAAUUAUAUUCCGUCUUAUCUAAGGGGUAAGACUAAGACGUUAAGAAAAAUAUGCUUGCAAAACAAUACUGUUCUAUGUUGCUUGGACUCUUUGAAAAAAAUUUGAUGGGUAUGUGCCUGAUCCUUCAGCAGUACUGUAUUUUUGGAGGAUCUGACACGGGUGCAACAACAUUUUUGGAAAGUUUUGAGCAACAUAGUUAAUUUAUUAUA